AUGGAUUUCAAGCUAAACCCGGAGCAGUUGUCCUGGGGACGGGCUUUUGCCAACAGCCGGGAGCCUGCCAAGCUGCUAAAAAUCCUUGCGAAGAGCCCCAAUUCCCUGGAAACUGGAAUCGUUGAUAUCGAGGUGAGGCCUGUGCCGGUGCCCAUAGUAUCCAAGGAGAACCCCAUCGAGGACUUGGGGGAUAUGAAAUGUCUCCCACACGAAGUCGUGGACAUGAUUGUCAACAAAUUGGACAUUCCCAGUGCUAUAAGCCUGUCAUACGUCAACCGCAUCGCCAAUCACUUUGUGCAGCAAAGCCCGGUGUCCUUUCUGAGGCAGUGGGCCCCCGGCAUGCCGAAAAUUCUCAAACAGACACAAAUCCACGAGAACUGGAGCAUUCUUGAGCUUAAAGAGGCCAUCAUCCGUGAAAAGUGCGUUGCAUGCGGCAAGUCGUCUGUUCAACUCUACCUUCCCACGAUGGAGCGUAUCUGCCACCCAUGCAUCCACGACAGCCAUGCAUACUGGUGUCUCCCCGUGGAACAGGCAGCCUUAAUCUUUGGCCUUGAUCUACCAGACGUCAUCAAUACUCAAACCAUCUACCUGCCGCGGCUGAGCAAGAAGAACUUUGAUUUGGGGGACCUUGGCGCCUGGGUUGUUCCUAUCAAAUUGGCGCUGACCAAAGCCCUGGAGCUGUACGGCUCCCGCAAGGCCAUUAAGCGUGCUGCGGAGGGCAACCCGCCGGGUACUGAUGAAGAUGAAGAGGAUCGUGCUUCCGACGACGAGGAAUUUGUGAUCGAAAACCAACACGACAUCUAUCGCGCUGCUCCCCUGAAUUCCCUCCCCUCUGUCAAAAUGCGUUUGCUCGUGUCGUUGGGAAAUUACAAUCGGCACGCUCACCACCAUGAGGUUGCCUGUCGGGUGCCUGUCGUCAAUCGAGACAAUACGCGCAAGACUCUUUACACGUGCCGUGGUUGCACUGCCAUGCUCACGCACCCCAAGACCGACGCAAUUUCCGACAGUCAUUUGGAGAUGAUGAGGCUUAGCCCUGCCCUCGACAAGUAUGAGCGCUCGUUCGAGAUCUUCCGCCGCGCCUUUUGUGUGUGGACUGAGGCCGAGAUGAUUGAGCAUGUUCGAAAUGAGUGCAUUGGGGGUUGGAUCCUGCUGUAUGCUGAGGGUCGAGAUGAGUAG